AUGAAUAUUCCUUAUCCUGAGCCCCAAUCGUCUACUAAUCUAUCGCCUAAUCAGAAAAUUCCCUACAAUCAAAAGGUGGAACGAAUUUUGAGACGCGAGCUAUCUGUUUGCAAAGACAAUAUA